UAUCAGAUAUCUUGGCCCUCCGGUUCUUCAAUUUCUACGAUCACGUUCCAUUUAGCGCAACGCAGUUUUUGCAUGAAGAUGUUGCUCGUUUUAACUCUCGCAUUAUUUGUUGGCCUUGCAAGUUCACGACCAAGCGAUAAAGCCAUAGUUGAUAUUGACCCCAGCAAGUACUGUGGUUGUUCCACCGUGGACAUGCCUCAAUGCGGCUGCUGUGUGGACCUUGAAGAAAUCAUCCAAGAGAAUUAUACAGUGUGCACAAACUUGACUUACGUGGAGGCCGAAUAUGGAGUACGGUUUACCUUGACCAUUAAUGGUGAAGUUCUUUUGAACGAGACCAUCUCUGGCAGGAAUCCCCCAGCCCUGUGUGAAGGACUGAGGGACGUUGCUGAUAUCUGCGUGCAGGUAUACAACAUGUCUUAUGAGGAGGAGAAGUUUGGCGGUUGUUUGAGAAUCUAUGGCGAUGUUGUGACACGUGUUCUUGACAUCGAGCUUGGCUGUUAUUACGUGCCGCUCUCUGACGGCGAGCUGAUUGAGACUGCUGUGGAUGAGCAGGCCCUGGUGCAUUCGCUUUUCCAAAUCGGCAACAACGCAAAGGAUCUCAUACUGGAUGAGAUGCACAAAUGGUCCCACAAGGAUGGUGAUCUCGGCAAGAUUUAUCAUCGCAAGGAGGAUGGCUUUCCUGUUGAGCCACUGUUAGAGACCGUUGAGGAAAAUUAAAAUCAGGUGCAAAGAAUUGCAUGGAAGGCUUCUUUUUUAAGGUUUUAAGGUAAUAGAUACUUAAAUUGGGUAGAGUCAAACAGUCCCUGUGUCUCGUUUGUAUGAGCUAGAAAUGAGAAUAAACAACUGAUGAGAAACAAA